AGGAGCAGUGAUCAGGUACCCUUUCCGGAGUACUCCAUUAGGAGCAGCUCUGAGAAGAGCGUGUUGAAAGGGCCUACCCUGAGUCCAUGACCUACAACUCGCGUCACCUGCGGGACUCUCUCUCUCUCUCUCUUUGGCCCCUUGCCCUCUAGCUUCCCAUGGAAAGAAACGAGCUGGCCUGGUGAUCUCUUGUGCAUCUGUGCCAAUCUCUCAUCACCCCAUGAGAUCGCCUCUGCUUGUCUUCAAUAUUUGAUCCCGAUUGCAGCAAAGAAGGGAAAAAGAGGUGAAAGACAGGAACGGAAAGAGAGUGUCGGAGGGAGAUAGAGCGAGAACGAACAAGAAGCAAGGCGAGAAGUACCUCGUCCUGAAGUGCAAGGGGGGUGGUGGGGAGGGGCAGAAGAUGGUGAAUUACGUAAACGCCUUGUUGUAUGGGGUAGGAGGGAUCGUGGUGGCGGGGAUGUCACUGCUGGUGGCUCUUCAGGAGAAGUUGGUCUACGUGCCCGUGGUCCCUGGCCUCACCAAGGGGUACCCAAUCACCCCGGCCCGCCUUCAUCUCAAGUUCGAGGAUGUCUGGCUCCGAUCCUCUGAUGGCGUCCGCCUCCACGCCUGGUUCAUUAAGCUCUUCCCAGAUUGUAGAGGGCCAACGCUCCUUUUCUUUCAAGAAAAUGCUGGCAAUAUUGCUCAUCGUCUGGAGUACAUUCGCAUAAUGCUGCAACAAUUGCAAUGCAAUGUUUUCAUGCUAUCAUAUAGAGGAUAUGGAGCAAGCGAAGGCUAUCCUUCCCAACAUGGUAUUAUUAAAGAUGCCCAGGCAGCAUUGGAUCAUCUAACUCAACGUACUGACAUUGACACUUCUAAGAUCAUUGUGUUUGGAAGAUCUCUUGGAGGUGCUGUUGGUGCAGCUCUGGCAAAAAACAACCCUGAUAAGGUUUCGGCAUUGAUAUUGGAGAACACUUUCACUUCUGUCCUGGAUAUGGCAGGCGUUCUUCUACCUUUCUUGAGGUGGUUCAUUGGAAGUACUGCAUUCAAGGGGCCAAAGAUUCUCAAUUUUCUUGUUCGCUCUCCCUGGAAUACGGUUGAAAUCAUUGAUAAGAUCAAACAACCAAUCCUCUUCCUAUCCGGCUUGCAAGAUGAGAUGGUGCCUCCAGCUCACAUGCGGAUGCUUUAUGAGAAAGCGUCUUCAAGUAAUUCACGUACUUUAUUUGUAGACUUCCCCGAUGGGAUGCACAUGGACACUUGGUUGUCAGGUGCAGAGCGUUAUUGGAGAUCAAUUCAGUUAUUUUUUAUGCGAUAUCUUCCACAGGCGGAGGCGCAGAUGGUGCGCCCUGUAGGUGAUUCCAUACAUGAAGACAUUCAAGAAAAGUUAUGAAUGGUUCAAGACAGCUAACGGAAGUGUGAAUCAUGAAGAUCUAGCGCACCAAAACCUGCUACAAUGCUUUAACGAUUGCAGAACCCAUAAGAUCUCUCUGGAGAAAAUUCCUUUUUCCCUUGGGCUCCUCCUUUUAUGUGAAGUCCAGGUUUGUAAUGCAGAUGCUGAACAGAGAUGUUCCCCGCCAGUGUUCUCUUCACAUCUCUGUAAAAUGUUAUUAAUUGUGUUCCGGAAUGUUGAUGACAAAAUCACGAUUUGGAAACUGCCAUUAUUUGA